AUGGUCCGAAUCAAGAUGAAGGCCACCGGCGGACCGUUCAUGUGGAAGAAACUAGGGCUGCCGAAACCCAUCCCCUAUGACAGCGACGAUGAAGCGUGGGAUACCCCUCCACCAGCCACCACCAGCACCGAAACGCCACCGGCUACUGAACCAGCGACCGGAUGCACCGACUCACCGGCCGCCCAGACAUAUCGCCGGCAAAAGAAACGGCAAAGAACGCCGCCACCCACAUCCCCAAUAGCCCCGACGGUGAACCCUAAGGGUGAAACGCCACCAAAAGCCACCACUUCCUCCUGCCGCGGCCAGAAACGGCCAAGAACUCAGUCGCCACCUCCACCGCCGAGAUCAGAGUCAGCACCAGGAACCACCAUUGCCACACAUCCCGCAGGUCAUGAGGAUGGCGAUGUACCCACUAAUGCGCCCACUAGUACGCCCAGUGAUUUCACCAGCAAUGAGCCAAGCGCUAUGCCCAGUGCUGUGACCACUGAUGCGCCCACAGACCUGCCAAGUGAUAUGCCCACUGAUGCGCCCACAGACUUACCCAGCGACACACUCAGCGAUUUGCCCAGGCCAGCAUACCCAGAUCACAUCGUCAAAUCACUGACAUUCAACAAAAUUUCUGAGCGCACCAGGCUGCUUAAAGUUUCAUCCCUACCAUAUCACCCAGGGGCAGGAAAAUUCAUCUUGGAUAUUGGGUUGCCACCCAACUAUCCAACAUCAUACAGUAUAACAGGCCACUGA